AUGUUGAGUUUAGAUUUGUGGAUUCCUGACCUGGCUCAAGGAAAAGAAAUCGGACAAUCAAACAUGAACUCUCCAAUUAGUAUUUCUCAGCUUUGUAAUCACAAUGCAACUAAUUAUUCCAAGGUUUCGCCUGGUUUGCAAAUGAACUACUCAGUUCCUACCAUAUCUAAGCCGAACUGUAAUGACCAAAUGGUUAUAUCUGAGAAUAAAAAGAUAACCAUUGAUGCAACAAGUGGUUACAAAUUGUUCGGAGUUGAUCUGACGGCUCCAACAGAGACAAAAGAUCUUAUAGAACAAAUUGACUUAUACUAA